CAUGUGGGCGCCACCUGCAGCCCCGGAGGGCGAGCGUCAUGGCGGCGGCUCGCUCUCUCCCCGGGACCCCGGACCUGCCCACGCUGCACGCCAAGCUGCAGGGCCUGCUGCGCUUCCUGAGGGGCGCCCUGCCCAUUUCGAGCGCGCACACGGUGGACUUCUACACCGAGUCGCUCUGGCAGGAGCUGGUCGACUUGAACCCCGACGGCGUGCUGGCGGCGCUGAGGGAGGCGGCGGCGGCGGCGGAGGAGGCCGGGCCGCGGGAGGAGGGAUCAGGUUUCAUUGAUCUCCCCCAAGUAUUUUGUGAAACGUCUCAGAAGCUGAUGAGCGCGGAAGCCUUUGCUCUGGCCGCCAAGCACUACUCUGUGCAAAGCUUGGGGCUGUGUACUCCUUUUGAGCAGCUGCUUACCGCCCUUCGAGUAAACAAAGAGCAGAGACCUGGUGAAAAUGUGAAGGCAAUUAAGUUUAUGAAUACAAAAAAAUCUCAUGAAGUUCAGGCAAUGUCAGAGCUAAUCUGCAGUAUUGCUGAUUACUAUGGUUUAAAGCAGAUAAUUGACGUGGGUUCUGGUAAAGGCUACCUAAGCUCCUUUUUGUCCUUAAAGUAUGGUUUAAACGUUUAUGGCAUCGAUUCCUCAAAUACUAACACUCAUGGAGCUAAGGAAAGAAACAGGAAGUUGAAGAAACACUGGAACCUGUAUCAUGCUCAGACAAGAGGAGAUGCCCAUGGACCGGCAUUAAAAAUGCCGGAAGAAAAGGAAGUGCAAAAGAAAGUAAAGUGUAAGGGAGAUUUUGAGAGUGCCCUGAAGAACACUCUUUUGACUCAAGACUUGUCUGCCGAUGUUUUGCCAGAGUUUUCAAAGUCGGCAGGUUCGGUCAUCAGGCAACGGCAAGGAAAUCUCCAUGCUCAGCCACUCGAAACUGCCUUGUCUCUCAUGGACAUUUUGCCUGUUGAUGCCUUCGAACCUACUUUAUCCCAGGUGCACAACACCGAGAUGUCGGAAGUGAGGAAACAGAGAAGAAAGGUGACGUCAAAACCUAGUGACUCAAGUAUAUAUUCACCACUGACUUCUUUUAUCACUGCUGAUUCAGAAUUGCAUGACAUUGUUAAAGAUCUGGAGGACUGUUUGGUGGUGGGUCUUCAUACUUGUGGUGACCUUGCACCAAACACUCUACGGAUAUUUGCAUCCAAGUCUGAAGUCAAGGGAGUUUGCAGUGUGGGUUGUUGCUACCAUCUUUUAUCUGAAGAAUUUGAAGACCAGCAUAAAGAAUAUGCUCAAGAAAUCUGGGGCUUUCCAAUGUGCCGCUAUCUGAAAGAGGAGAGAUGGUGUUGCGGCCGUAAUGCAAGAAUGUCAGCGUGCUUGGCAUUGGAACGGGUUGCAGUUGGCCAAGGGCUGCCUACUGAAUCACUCUUCUAUCGUGCGGUUCUGCAGAAUAUUAUUAAAGAUUAUUACGGCAUCACCAAAUGUGAUCGGCACGUUGGUAAAAUUUAUUCCAAAUGUUCUUCCUUUCUGGAUUAUGUCAGAAUGUCUCUAAAGAAGCUUGGAUUAGAUGAGUCCAAGGUCUCUGAAGAAAUUAUAAUGGAUUACUAUGAGAAAUAUAAACCUAGAAUGAACGAGCUGGAGGCAUUUAAUAUGUUGAAAGUCGUUCUGGCUCCUUGCAUAGAAACCCUGAUUCUUCUUGAUCGACUGUGUUACCUGAAGGAACAGGAAGAUGUAGCGUGGUCCGCUCUUGUGAAGUUGUUUGACCCUGUCCAGUCUCCCAGGUGCUAUGCUCUCAUUGCCCUGAAGAAGCAGCGGUGACCGCAGCGGAAGCAGGUGGCUAGUCAGCUCUUUUGGGGACUUACCUCGAAGAUUACUUUUCUAAACAUUUAUAUUUUAAAUAAUUGCUAUAUUUUAAGUAAUAAAAUAAUGGCUAACAAUGUAAGAUCAUAAUCAGUUUUUCCAUUCUCAA